UACUUCUCAAUUAUCAUGCUCCAGCUCAUACUUCUCAAAUCUCAAGCUGUUCCUGAAGAAGAGAUGAAGAUGCUGCAGUUGGUUCUGAUUCUGCUCGUGCUGUCUGGUGUUUUCACUCAGGACAGUAAAUGGGGUGUGAAAUAUCCUGAUAAACCGAUCUGUGCUGUGAGAGGAUUCAGUGUCUCCAUUAAAUGUAGUUAUUAUUAUCCACGAGGUCAUCAGGUGAUACAAAAGCUUUGGUGCUCGAUGAACUUAAACACAGAUUUGUGUAAAAACCCACCGUAUGUUUACGACAGUUCAUUAAACACCAAGUCAGACUUUGAUUUCACUGGAGACGACAAAUCAGACUGUACUUUAUUAAUCCACAAUGUACAGUUCAGUUAUUCUGGAGUUUACAGAUUCAGAUUUAUUACUGAUGUGACCCGUGGUAAAUUGACAGGUUAUCCCGGAGCGACUCUACAAGUUACAGAUUUAAAGGUGUCACUAAUCAGACUCAGUGGAAACGGAACCCUUAAACAAGGAGACUCCUUAAAUCUGACGUGUGAUGUGAGCUGCACACACACUUCCUCACAGUUUGUGUGGUCUAAGAACAACCAGAGUUUAUAUACAUCAGGACCCGUUCUUCACUUUCCUGCUCUAACCCUGAGGGAUUCUGGGAAUUACACCUGCACUUGGGGAACCGGGGAGACGUCAGGAUCUGAAACCAUCAGCCUUCACGUGGAGGAUGACGACACUGAACAUUCUGAACGUUUGUUGAUGUUGGUCAUUGCUUGUGUGACUACCGGAGUGAUUGUCGUCAUCACAGGAGCUGUGAUUCACAAAAGGAGGUCAAUGUCAGCAUGUUUUAUACAAUAUAAUCUACAGAGUUUAAAAAUACUUUCUCACAUAAAGCAUGUAAUUGUGAUUUUAACAGCAAUUCACAUCAUCUGUCCUUCAUAAACCUUUUUGUGUGUGAUCACAGGAGUGUCCACAUCGAGCAGAAGAACAAGGAUGAUUCUGCAAACUACACCAACGUACAGAAGGAGGAGGAUGACUCUGCAAUCUACACUAAUGUAUAAGACAGUGAGCUGUUCACAGUUUCACACCUCAUGCUCAGCUUAAAAUCUUGUCAAUUUCCUCUUUGCCUUAAAAUAUGCACUUCAUUUCAUGAUAGGCGGUUUAUUGUGUUUACGUUUCUAGUUUCGAUAACUUUGUUAGAUUUCUAUAAGAUUCUAUCAUUUUCUAGAUUUUUUUCGAACUAUAAGAUUUAUACAGUUGUUUGAUGUUUUAUAUGUAAAUUAGAGUAGAAGUCUAUCCUCCUUUCUCCUGUAUGUUGUGCUCGAAGUGAGCUGCUACUCAACAGGACGCAGUACGCACUGAUUUAGCACUGAAAUGUUCAUGAAGUUUCUAGUUAAUAUAAAACUGAUACAAAAAAAAAAACGAAACACAACCUGCAACGCAACCAACACACACUUAUCUGUACACAUGGCAUAUUGAGUAA